GCAAUGAUUCUCGAUGGGCUGCUCCUUUCCUUGUUAAUGUCUUGUGCUUUGGAGAGUAAAUGGAAUAUACUCUGGCUGGCUAAGGGUCAUUUAUCCAAGCCAACGUUGGGGGGUCUGCUGAAAGCAUUUGGAUGGCUGGAAGAGGAUCUGGUAGGGAAAAAGCAAAACGACCAAGCUGGAAUUCUGAGGCAGGUACUGUAAGCUAUAAAGCCCAUCCAGACACAGGGCAAAAACCACCCUUUUCCUGCUGAUGGUUUCCACAGCACAUUUUCUUUCAAGCAACAGUAUGUUUUGUGUGUCUCUCUUCUAAAAGGCUUUUGCAAGAGCCUACUGCUCAUUUCAAGAAGGCUCCUACCAGUGUAUGCCACACAGUUUUGAGAAAGAAAACAAGAUGUUUUAUCACACUGCAGUGCUGUCUGUGUUCUUGGUAGCAGCAUAUCACAGGAAAGUAAACUGUAAAAACUAACAUAGCAGCACAGAUUAGCGGAUUUUCCCCCCCCAGACUGGCAUAAUCAUUGGUGAGAAUAGGAAGAUUUGCCUUCACUGUAAGUGCCCACAAGAAGAGCACUUUGUAACAGUAAUGCCUCUGGAGAUGGAGAAGACGGUGACCAAGCUCAUGUUUGACUUUCAGAGGAAUUCCACUUCUGAUGAUGACUCGGGCUGUGCCUUGGAAGAGUAUGCAUGGGUGCCUCCAGGGCUGAAGCCAGAACAGGUUCACCAGUACUACAGCUGCCUCCCGGAAGACAAAGUGCCCUACGUGAACAGUCCUGGAGAGAAAUUGCGCAUUAAGCAGCUUUUGCACCAACUGCCGCCGCAUGACAAUGAGGUCCGCUAUUGUAAUUCAUUGGAUGAGGAAGAGAAAAGGGAGCUAAAACUCUUCAGCAAUCAGAGGAAAAGGGAGAAUCUAGGGAGAGGCAAUGUUCGACCAUUCCCUGUCACCAUGACUGGAGCCAUUUGCGAACAGUGUGGGGGCCAAAUCAGUGGAGGCGACAUCGCUGUAUUUGCCUCCAGAGCAGGCCACGGCAUUUGCUGGCACCCCCCGUGCUUCAUAUGCACGGUCUGCAAUGAGCUGCUGGUUGAUCUGAUCUACUUUUAUCAAGAGGGGAAGAUUUAUUGUGGCAGACACCACGCUGAAUGCCUGAAGCCUCGAUGUGCAGCGUGUGACGAGAUCAUUUUUGCGGACGAAUGCACCGAGGCUGAAGGUAGACACUGGCACAUGAAGCACUUUUGCUGUUUUGAAUGCGAAACAGUGCUUGGGGGGCAGAGGUACAUCAUGAAGGAAGGCAGGCCCUACUGCUGCAACUGCUUUGAAUCUCUGUAUGCGGAGUACUGCGACACCUGCGCACAACACAUAGGUAUUGACCAGGGCCAGAUGACUUAUGACGGCCAACAUUGGCAUGCUACAGAAACCUGUUUUUGCUGUGCUCAGUGCAAGAAAUCCCUACUUGGUCGACCUUUCCUACCAAAACAAGGGCAGAUAUUCUGUUCGAGGGCAUGCAGCGUGGGUGAUGAUCCUAAUGGCUCAGAUUCGUCAGAUUCGGCAUUUCAGAACGCAAGAGCAAAGGAGUCCCGCCGCAGUGCCAAAAUUGGCAAGAACAAAGGGAAAGUGGAGGAAAACAUGUUAAAUCAGUGCAGUCAACUGCAAGUGACCUCAAAUAGACUUUCUGCAGAUGUGGACCCACUGUCACUACAGAUGGAUUUGCUGAGUUUGUCUAGUCAGACUCCUAGCUUAAACAGAGAGCACAUAUGGAGGAGCAGAGAUGAACUCUACCACUAUGGAAAUCAAAUGGAGCAAAGUCAAUCCCAAAGCCCCUUGCAGCUUCUCAGCCAGUGUAAUAUAAGGACUUCCUAUAACCCAGGACAGGUCCCAAGCACUCAACCAGAUUUAUGGGCCAAACAUUUCAGCAAUCCAAAGAGAAGUUCAUCUGUAGCGAUGAAGGGGCAUAAUGGAAGCUUCAUCCAGGAGUGCAGAGAAGAUUAUUACUCAGGAAGGCUUAGGUCACAAGAAAGCUACAGUGAUAUGUCUAACCAGAGUUUUAAUGAAACCAGAGGAAACAUCAAAGUUCCAAAAUAUGAUGAAGGGGAAGAAGGCGGGAUGUCUACCAAACAGUGUCGAACAAGGCAUCCAAUCAACGCACUUAAAUUCACUGAGGACCUAACACCCACUGAGCAAACGCCACGGGGCUCAAUGGAGUCCCUCGCCCUUUCAAAUGCCACAGGACUCUCUGCGGACGGUGGCGCCAAGCGCCAGGAGCACCUCUCUAGAUUCUCAAUGCCUGAUCUGAGCAAAGAUUCUGGAAUGAAUGUCUCGGAGAAGAUGAGUAACAUGGGGACGCUGAACUCCUCUGUGCAGUUUAGAAGUGCCGAGUCCGUCCGUAGCCUCUUGUCUGUGCAACAGUACCAAGAUAUGGAGCCGAACCUGCGCGACCUUGCCAAUCCUGCCAAUUACAGAGAGAUGCCAUCGCAUGGAAGGAUGCAUCAGAGUUUUGAGUAUGACAGCGGGAUUCCAGGGAACAAAAUUCCUGUACAGGAUAGUGCUAGACUUCCCCCUAUGAGCGAGCGCACACGCAGACGAACUAAUCUCCGGGAUGACGAUCGGCGUUACCGCCCACACAGAUCCCGGCGGUCCAGACGCUCCCGUUCGGAUAACGCCCUCCAUCUGGCCAGCGAACAGUGCUGUCGAUUGAAAGAGAGGCCCUCGCUGCGAGCCAGAGAGGACUAUGACCAAUUCAUGCAUCAGAGAAGCUGCAGAGAGACGAUGGAACAGGGCCCCUGCAGAGACCUGUAUGGUCAGUGUCCAAGGACUGUGUCAGAUCUUGCUUUGCAGAACCAUCUGGGGGAGAGAUGGGGCCCCUAUUUUGCCGAAUAUGACUGGUGUUCUACCUGCUCCUCCUCUUCGGAGUCUGACAAUGAAGGAUAUUUCCUUGGGGAGCCAAUCCCGCAACCUGCCCAUCUCCGAUACGUUACCAGCGAGGAGCUCCUGCACAAAUAUGGAUCAUAUGGCAUGCCCAAGUCUUCCACGUUGGGUGGCAGAGGACAGUUGCACAGCCGAAAAAGACAAAAGAGCAAAAACUGUAUCAUAUCGUAACAGGGUCACUGCCUGGGCAUGUUCUGAGAAUGUAAAUUCACUCAUAAACUUGCACUGUUUUAGAUCUUCAAUGCGCUUUUUAUUGUAACAAACAGACCUGAAGACUGGGGAUUUGUAAGAAGGUUGUAAAUUGGCUUCUGUAAGUAGUCAUAAAUCAUUGGCACGGUGAAUAUAUUUUGCACAUUUUACUUUGGAAAAAAACGAUUCACUUUAGCCUGUAAUAUUUAACUAGUGUUUUUCCUCUUCUUCCUAAAUACUGCCACUUCUUUAAGUCCAGUUUGUCCAUCUGUUUUAGUUACCACUGUUCACUGUAAUCAACAGCUUGCGAAUAGCUUGUGUUCUCCUAAUCCGCUUUGGUUUUCAUUACCCAUUUUGGUAAGUAAUUGGUCUCUCAGUCAGUGCUGGAGUCUAAGUUAUUUCCCUGAUUGUUGUAAAUGCCAUGUAAAUGAGAGUUUGGAGAAAAUAUUUUUGUAUUUUGUAAUAUCAGAGGAAUUUCUAUAUCUUAGGAGUCACUGGGAAACUGCAUGCACAUUCAUUAUUGUUUUCAGCCAGAGCUAAACAAAUGGUACUUCACAAUUCCUUCUCAUUUUGCCAUCAAAUGUAUUAAGUAUAUCAGUGAAAUCUUGGGGCGGGGGGAGGGGUUAAGUCUUUUCUUUCCUGGUAAAUCAAAAGAACUUUUUAUGCUUUGUUCAAUCUUAAAGAGGCCUAGAUGGCGUUUUGGAGUCUGCUCACACCUUCGAUUUUCAGUUACUCUAUCCAUGACAUAUAGAAGUCUUUACAAUUGCAAAAGUAACUUUUUCGUCAAUUAGAAUAGAACCAACUACCAAAUGUCUGCAAAGUUUUAACAACCAAAGUCGGGGAAGGAAUUUUCCAUCUCUGUAGCGAAUGCUGAUGUUACUAAAUUCUGAACUAUUAUUUGGAGUAAAUAAAAGUGUAAAUGGUGCAAUUGUGUGAUGUCAGCAUGACGUUGUUUUGAGUGUAGAAUUGUUUUAUGGUGCUCUAGUUUCCUGGAUUAUGUUAACUGCUGUUCGUUACCAAAAGGAAUCUUCAACACCGCCUGCUACAUAGAUCAUAAUAAAAUGAAUACAAACUAAUCACAUUGGGCUUAAUUCCAGCGUGGAGCUAUGCCCCCCACCCCAAGCUCCCUUGGAGGUCAAUAGGAGUUUGGAGUGUGUAGUCCCAGGGUGGGAUUGAGCCCAUUAUUUGGAGCUAGAAUCAAUCUACAAAAGCAUCAACAUGGUAGAGUGUUGUAUAACUAGGACUCAAAUGUAUUGUGCUAUGGUGGAUGUGAGUUUUUCUCUGUAUGCUUUAAACCAUUUGGGUCCUGACAUGAAGGUAUGUCUCAUCCUAGUCUCAGAUGGGACAAUGAAGAGGGCAGAUUUUCUGUAAGGUUGUAAUAUGGGUGCAAUUUCUUUCACAUGUUCCCAGCAGGCCAGGGUGUUGCCAGCUCACAACAGCUUUUGUACUAUAUUGUGGAGGGUUUGGGGACUCAAUCAAUCUCUCAUUGGAGUUGAUGGUAAAAUUCCCAUUGAUGUCAGUGGCAGAAGGAGCAGAGGUACACAGGUAUUUAGGUGCCUAAAGAUGCAGCAAAGUGACUAGUGGGAUUGUCCUAACAGGUUAGGCACCACUAAAAGUCAAUGGGAGUUAGGCACCUAGAGGGGUUUACAAAAGCACCUGUCUGCAUAGUUAGGCACUGAAAGACCUGUAUGCACCUGACCCAUUCCUGCAGUUAGAGCCACAAAGGCAGAUUCCAUUGCGGAAUUGGGACCUAACGUAACGUGUUUUGUAACUGGGAACAAACUAUUGCCUGUCAAAAGCAGCGAAUGUGGGAAAUCUUGAAGAUGAAGGUCUCCAUACCACAGACUAUUGCUAGGAAAUUUUUGUUGUUUGUAAGGAGAAUGUGAUGAUGAUUAUUUAAAAAAAAAAAGAGAGAAAGACAAGACUAAGUAUUAAAACAACAAAUGUUUUUCCAGUUGGAAUAAAUGGAAAUAUUGAUCCA